AUGUGGAUUCCACUCACACUGAGGACAUAUAAAAGGCCCUCUGCAGGGAGACAUGUCCACCCUGAAGUGACACUUCUACUCUCCUUCUCUACCCAAGGACAACCUCAAUCCAACACCAACACCAUGUGCGGCUACUACGGAAACUACUAUGGGGGCCGUGGCUAUGGCUGCUGUGGCUACGAAGGCUUGGGCUGCGGCUAUGGGUCCUGCUAUGGCUGUGGCUUCCGCAGACUAGGCUGUGGCUAUGGGUGUGGCUAUGGCUUUGGCUCCCGCUCUCUCUGUGGCUGUGGCUAUGGGUGUGGCUCUGGCUAUGGCUCUGGCUUUGGCUACUACUAUUGA